CUUUAAACCUAGCCGAUGUAAAAACGAAAAAUAAAAAAUUCAAUCUUUAAGAAACUUACGUCUAUUAACUGCCUUUUCCUGCAAUUCCUUCAUUCUACGGCCUGUCAUCGUCCAUCCUACUCAAACCCACUUCCUCUAAGAAUUUUAUGGGUGGAAGAAACACAAUUAGAAAUUUUCAAUGAUGACAGCUGCACAACUUUGUGGAGUUAAAAUCUCAACAGCAUUUUCUAACACUAGGAAAAGAUGGUGCAUGCACAAGACAUGGGAGUCAGAUGUUGAGGGCCGAUCACGUGGAUUUUGUUCUUCACUUUCAUUUGCUAUUCAAAGGAGCUGUGUACAUGAUUCUGGACGCUGCUAUGUGUCUUUUGACAGAAGAAAGUUAUCUCACAACACUGUUCUUCGACGUAGAAAGCCUUUUAAGAAUGUCUCAUAUAGUUUAGUAGGUUCCGAUGUAGAUGAAGAGCCUCAGGAGUUGGCCGAAAAUUCUUCCGAGGAGAAUACUCUAGAGAAUGAUAAUGAUGCUAACGGUUCAAGUGCUAUAGUUCAGUCUUCUAAUCAAUUGCCUCCUCAAAAUAUUAAACGAGAGCUUAUAAUGCUUUCUUUACCAGCAAUAGCUAGCCAAGCCAUUGAUCCUUUUGCACAGUUGAUGGAGACCGUUUACAUCGGCAAAAUAGGAUCUGUAGAACUCGCAUCUGCUGGUGUCUCUAUGUCGAUCUUUAAUCUCAUCUCAAAGCUUUUUAACAUUCCUCUUCUAAGCGUUGCUACUUCUUUUGUAGCUGAAGAUAUAGCUAAGUCUUCUACAGAUGGAGAUGAAACCGUUUUUUACGGGAAAUCUCAUCACGAAGAGUUGAAAAGAAAGCAAUUGUCAUCAGUUUCUACUGCGUUGUUACUCGCUGUAGGCAUUGGCAUCAUUGAGGCUCUAGCAUUACUUUUGGGAACCGGAUCAUUCCUUAGUUUAAUGGGUAUUGCACCUGAUAGUCCAAUGCGAGUUCCAGCACAUAGGUUUUUGUCGCUUAGAGCUCUUGGUGCUCCAGCUGUUGUUCUCUCGUUGGCUCUUCAGGGUGUUUUAAGGGGCUUUAAGGACACUAAGACCCCAGUAUUCUGUCUAGGUAUCGCAAAUGUUGCAGCCAUUUUUUUGUUCCCACUUUUCAUAUAUAAGCUUCAGAUGGGAGUUACCGGAGCAGCAAUUGCCACCUUCGUAUCACAAUACAUUGGUAGCUUCAUGAUGCUUUGGUUUCUUAGCAAAAGAGUAAUAUUAUUACCUCCGAAAUUGGGAGAUCUAAAAUUUGGGAUCUAUUUAAAAUCGGGCGGUUUUCUCAUCGGAAGAACUCUGGCUGUUCUGGUAACUAUGACGAUAGGGACCUCAAUGGCUGCUCGUCAAGGUCCUAUAGCGAUGGCUGCUCAUCAAAUCUGUGUCCAAGUAUGGUUGGCUGUCUCUCUUCUAACUGAUGCAUUGGCAGCAUCUGGUCAGGCUCUAGUAGCUAGUUCCAUGUCAAGAGGUGAUUACAGCACAGUGAAAGAGCUAACUAAUUUUGUAUUGAAGAUCGGAAUAGUUACCGGUGGUGCGUUGGCCGUGAUUUUAGGAGCAUCUUACGGAUAUUUUGUGAACUUGUUCACCAACGAUUCUGCAGUAUUGCAGAUAGUGAAAGCUGGCACUUUGUUUGUCAGUGCAAGCCAGCCGCUCAACGCUUUAGCAUUUAUCUUUGAUGGUCUCCAUUAUGGUGCAUCGGAUUUCCCUUACGCUGCUUGUUCUACGAUGCUGGUUGGGGCCAUUUCAUCCACUGUCUUGCUCUAUGCUCCUACAGUGAUCGGUCUUCCUGGCGUAUGGCUCGGGUUGACUCUCUUUAUGGGCUUACGUACAGCCGCAGGAUAUUUCAGAAUUUUGUCCCGGAACGGACCAUGGUGGUUCUUGCACAGCGAUUAUCGGCAAGUUAUGGACGUUAAUCAACUGGGAACCAACUGAGAUGUUAUGUUUGCACACCACGAUACAAGCUUUACAAAAUUUGGAGGUAAUAAAAGUUCAAGCUAGAUUGUUUUCAGCUGCUCAUAAUUUUUAUUUUAUAGUCUAAGUUCUCCUACUUAGUUUGAUUUUGUACAUGCUACUGUAAAUUGUUUCUUAGGUUAGACAUUCCCAUUUGAAAUUAGUGAACUUAAAACUUAUAUUAGGGAAAAUAAAAUUUAAAAAAAUAAUUUAGAUCUUUAUUUUUAUUUUAUUCUAUUGCUUUUAUAUGAAAGUUUGAACCCAUUAAUGUUUUCCUCCAGUCUUGAUAAGGUGAGAGAUUUACGGCUUUCAUUUUCAUCCUUGUGAUGCGUGCUUGUUUUUCAGUAACUAUAGGAUGGAUUGAUUUUUUUUUUUUUCCUUAUUUUCUAUUGGGAUUCUCUGACUUUUCUCAAAUUAAAAGAUAAAUAAAAAGAUAAGUUAUUACAUCUAUAAAAUGCAAGAUUUUGGUAAAAAAUAGUUUUCUAAUUUAACAUCGAAGAAUAUUCAUGAAAUAAUUAGUGGGUAUCAGCAUGGUGUAGGGCCAUAGAUCCUAUAAUCCCACUUGUUAGGGAUGAAAUGCAUAAUGGAACAAACAAACAAAAAGAGUGAGAUGUCUAUAUGCCAAAUUCCAAUGGAACAUUAAAUUAAAUCAUCAAUUAGUAAUCUUAUUUUUUGUAAAUUUUCGUGAUUAGUGAGUGAGCGUAGAUUAGGCCCCUCAUUUUCCCACUCACUAUAAAUGAAAGUUGCCACUAAACCUAAAGGAGAGAGAUAAUAUUAUCUAAAUUACUCUUCUAUCCUUCAAAAAAGUGAUAAUAAAUUUGUUAUGUAUUGAUAGGUGUUUGAUGACUUAUAAAUGGUACUUGAUAGCAAAUAUUUAUUAAAAUGACUUAUUUGACGAGCUAAUUUUAAACUUACACAUUAAAAAAAAGAAUGGAAUACAAAUUCUUGUUAAUGGCAUGGUUUGAACUGUGUGUGGAAGGUAAUUACACAACUAACUCAAUCAAGUUUGAUUUUUUAAUAUUGUUACUUAUCUAUCCGAACUACUCAUUAAACCCACCACUAACUAUUGAUGAAAUGAUUUUAAUGGGAUAACGAGAGUAUCUCAAAUCUCAAAAUAAUAAAGAGGAUAAAGAGAGUUUAUAGUUUGAGAAUUUAACACCCAAUUUCGGGCCAUGAUCUAUAAGAGUAUUAUUGAUAUAUUCUUCAUAUAGUGAUGAGUUGAAGUUAAGAGAUUGUUUUCAACGUCUCAAAGUGUUUAAAGAUAAUGCUAUAUUAGUUGAACCAAAUUAUCACAUUAGUAUUGUUGAUUAAACUAGAAUCACUUUAAUAUUUUCAUUUGAAGUUAUAAUUCUUAUUAGAUUGAGGCUCUCAACCUUUGUAAUUAGCUAUAGUAACAUUGGUGUUAAGUUUUAGUGUGGCAUAAUCGUGUCUACCAAU